AUGGUGACUCCAAUGACUCCAAUGUCCAUCUCUUGGAUGAGGGCCCAGGCUGCAUCCUGGAGGAACAACAUCCCAGCAGUGUUCAUCUUUCUCCUGAUGCUGGCCGUGCUGCUCGAUUAUGUAAAGUACCGAAGACGAAGAAACAGUCGAUCUCCACCAGGACCUAUGCGUCUUCCUUUCUUUGGGAAUUUGCUGUUAAUCGAUCUCAGAAAUCCACAUAUUUCUAUUAAACAGUUGGCAGAUAAGUAUGGAACUGCCUUUUCAUUUCAAAUUGGAUGGCACAAUUUUGUUGUACUGAGUGGAUUCAAGAUGAUAAAAGAGGCACUGGGACAGAAAGCAGAAGACUUCGCUAACCGGCCACAUAGUCCACUGUUCAACCUAAUAGGCUUUAGAAAAAAUUGUGAAGGAAUACUCAUGGCGACGUACAGCAGUGGCUGGAAGGAGCAGAGGAAAUUCUGUGUCUCCACUCUGAAAAACUUUGGGAUGGGGAAGAAAACACUUGAAGAAAGGGUAUCUGAAGAAGCUGGAUUUCUGUGCUCAGAAUUCAAAUCACGAGCAGGCUCUCCCUUUAACCCUCAAAAUCUUGUGAACAACGCAGUUGGCAAUAUUAUCUGCACCUUAACAUUUGGUGACCGCUUUGAAUACAAUGAUGAGACCUUCCUGAAGCUAAUGCACUUGACAGAGGAUAUUAUGAAGACGUUAACCAGAAACCUGCCCCAGCUUUUCCUCUCAGUAUCCUGGCUUUCCUAUAUUCCUGGACCUCACCUUAAAAUUAGGAAAUUGUAUAAUGAAAUUACUGCCAUGGUAAGAGAGAUUGUAAAUAAGCAUAAGAAAACAAGAGAUCCAACCUUUCGAAGAGAUUUCAUUGACGCAUUUCUAGAGGAGAUGGAAAAGGUCCAAGGGAAUGCAAAAAGCAGUUUUAAUGAGGAGAACCUCGUUAAAAUUAUUUACGAUUUGGUUGCAGCUGGCACUGAAACUACUUCUUCCACCUUACUUUGGGGGUUGCUGAAAAUGGUCCUUCAUCCAGAAGUUCAAAAAAAAGUCCAUGAAGAAAUUGAAGAAGUACUUGGGAAGGAUAAAAUACCCAUGAUGGAGGAUCAGCCCAAAAUGCCUUAUACCAAUGCUGUAAUCCAUGAAAUUCAACGUUGUGCUGAUAUUGUAGCUUUUGCAUUUCCAUAUUUCACACGGCAAGAUGUUGAAGUUGGAAAGUUUGUCAUCCCUAAGGUUUACCUGGAUUUCACAGUGGGUGUGAUCCUAUGCACACUUACCUGGGAGUGA